CGUCGUCGUCGUCAUCCGAAGCAAAGCCCUUUCCUUCAACCCCCCAACACCUACACCCGCACAACAUGUCUGCUCGUCUUGGUGUUCCGGCCAGCGUCGCCGCCGUCGCGUCGCCCAACGUGGGCAGCGUCAAGCUCUUUGGAAAGUGGGACGCGAGCGAGGUCGAGGUCAAGGACAUCUCCCUCACUGACUACAUCUCGCUCCGCAACGCUGUCUACACGCCCCACACGGCUGGCCGUUACGCCAACAAGUCGUUCAAGAAGGCUCAGAUGCCCAUCGUUGAGCGCCUCGUUAACAGCCUCAUGUUCCACGGCCGCAACAACGGCAAGAAGCUCAUGGCUGUCCGCAUCGUCGCCCACGCUUUUGAGAUCAUCCACCUGCUCACGGACCUGAACCCGGUCCAGGUCCUCGUUGACGCCAUCGUCAACACGGGCCCCCGCGAGGACUCGACCCGUAUCGGAUCGCAGGGUACUGUCCGUCGCCAGGCCGUCGAUGUCUCGCCGCUUCGCCGUGUCAACCAGGCCAUCACGCUCAUCACCACUGGUGCUCGCGAGUCGUCCUUCCGGAACGUCAAGUCGAUUGCUGAGUGCCUCGCUGACGAGCUGGUCAACGCCGCCAAGGGCUCGAGCAACUCGUACGCCAUCAAGAAGAAGGACGAGCUCGAGCGUGUGGCCAAGAGCAACCGAUGAUUCUUCCACAGUCACGCAUAUAAUCACAUCACAUUUACACACACACACGCACACUCAGUGGAGGGGGGGAGAGGCAACAUCAACAUCAACCGAGGGAGCGCCGUGCUUCUACGGGCGGCUUCAUGUAUUCAGAUCACUUCUUUUCUCUACUUUCAUUCCAUGGCUCAUGCUGCAUCGCUGUCGUUGCCUCUUUU